AUGUCUCGCUCCGGCUCCGGAGCCGUGGCCGCCAGGCGAAUCCACGCCACCUCCAAGCACCUGAGCGCCGCCCUCGCCUCCACGGCCGACUCGUACCCGAAAACCCACGAGAAGAUUGCCUCCCCCGAGGACACCCCUUACUUCCUCAACAACCAGUUCAUCCAGUCCAAGGCCACCCAGUUCAUCGACCUCUAUGACCCGGCCACCAACAACCUCGUCACCAGGGUACCCCAGAUGACCGACGAGGAGCUCCAGGCCGCCGUCGACUCGGCCGAGAAGGCCUUCCCCGCCUGGCGCGCCACCAGCGUCUUGGCGAGGCAGCAGAUCAUGUUCCGCUUCGUGGCCCUCAUCCGCGAGAACUGGGACCGUCUGGCCGCCAGCAUCACCCUCGAGCAGGGCAAGACCUUUGCCGAUGCCAAGGGUGACGUCCUGCGUGGCAUCCAGGUGGCCGAGGCUGCCUGCGGUGCGCCGGAACUCAUGAAGGGCGAGGUCCUGGAGGUGGCCAAGGAUAUGGAGACCAGGAGCUACCGCGAGCCCCUGGGUGUUGUGGCUGCCAUCUGCCCCUUCAACUUCCCUGCCAUGAUUCCUCUCUGGAGCAUCCCCAUCGCUACCGUCACCGGCAAUACCCUCAUCCUGAAGCCGUCGGAGCGGGACCCUGGCGCGGCCAUGAUCCUGGCCGAGCUCGUUAAGAAGGCUGGCUUCCCCGACGGCGUCGUGAACAUUGUCCACGGAGCGCACCGGACCGUCGACUUCAUCCUGGAGGACCCCGCCAUCAAGGCCGUCAGCUUUGUCGGCGGCAACAAGGCGGGUGAAUACAUCUUCAACAAGGGCUCCGCCCACGGCAAGCGCGUGCAGGCCAACCUGGGCGCCAAGAACCACGCCGCCGUCCUGCCGGACUGCAAUAAGAACCACUUCCUCAACAGCGUCGUCGGCGCCGCCUUCGGUGCGGCCGGCCAGCGCUGCAUGUCGGUCAGCACGCUCGUCAUGGUCGGCGAGACCAAGGAGUGGCUCCCCGAGCUGGCCGAGAUGGCCAAGCAGCUCAAGGUCGACGGCGGCUUCGAGGAGGGCGCCGACCUCGGCCCCGUCAUCUCCCCGCACAGCAAGGAGCGCAUCGAGCGCCUCAUCCAGUCGGCCGCCGACGAAGGGGCCACCAUCCUCCUCGACGGCCGCGGCUACACGCCCGCCAAGUACCCGGACGGCAACUGGGUCGGCCCCACCAUCAUCACCAACGUCACCCCGGAGAUGACCUGCUACCGCGAGGAGAUCUUCGGCCCCGUGCUCGUGUGCCUCAACGUCGAGACCCUCGACGAGGCCAUGCAGCUCAUCAACAAGAACGAGUACGGCAACGGCACCGCCAUCUUCACCCGCUCCGGCGCCACCGCCGAGACCUUCCGCCGCGGCAUCGAGGCCGGCCAGGUCGGCAUCAACGUCCCCAUCCCCGUCCCCCUGCCCAUGUUCUCCUUCACCGGGAACAAGAAGAGCGUCGCCGGCGGCGGCGCCAACACCUUCUACGGCCGCCCCGGCAUCAACUUUUACACCCAGCAGAAGACCGUCACCACUCUGUGGAAGAGCGAGGAUGCUGUUGCGCAGAAGGCCGAUGUCGCUAUGCCCACGCAGUCGUAA